AUGGCGACUGUUCAUCUCAGCUCAUCAUCCCUCUUCAUACAAUUCAAAGGAAGAAGAUACAACUCCAUACCCUCCGUCAAGAGUCUUCAAAAACGCAACGUUUUGUCUAUCUCAUCUGCUCUCACGUCACGAGGUGGAGACAUGAUUACACCACACGGUAAAGGAAAUGAUCACAACUCCUCCACCUUUGACUUCAAGUCAUAUAUGACCCGUAAAGCCGAAUCUGUGAACGCUGCUCUAGACGUUUGCGUACCGCUUCUGAAACCCCUUACGAUUCAAGAGGCGGUGCGGUACUCAUUGCUAGCUGGUGGAAAACGCGUGAGGCCUCUGCUCUGUAUUGCUGCCUGCGAGCUUGUGGGUGGCGACGAGGCUAGUGCCAUGUCAGCAGCUUGCGCGGUGGAGAUGAUACACACGAGCUCUCUUAUUCAUGACGACCUUCCCUGCAUGGACAAUGCUGAUCUCCGCAGAGGCAAGCCAACCAACCACAAGGUAUUUGGAGAAGACAUGGCAGUUCUGGCGGGUGAUGCACUCCUUGCUUUGGCUUUUGAGAACAUGACGGUCGUGUCAAGUGGUUUGGUCGCUCUGGAGAGGACGGUUCGAGCAGUAACUGAGCUGGCAAAGGCCAUAGGGAUGAAAGGGCUUGUAGCUGGGCAAAUGGUUGACCUACGCAGCCAAGGGUUAAAUCCAGAGGAUGCUGGCUUGGAGCGUCUAGAGUUCAUCCACCUUCACAAAACGGCUGCACUGUUGGAGGCAUCGGCAGUUUUAGGGGUUAUAAUGGGAAGUGGGACGGAUGAAGAGAUUAAGAGGCUUAGAAAGUACGCGAGAUGUAUUGGGUUACUGUUUCAAGUGGUUGAUGAUAUUCUUGACGUAACAAAAUCUACUGAGGAAUUGGGUAAGAGCGCCGGGAAAGACGUUAUGGCUGGAAAACUAACGUAUCCGAGGUUGAUUGGUUUGGAGAAAUCCAGGGAACUUGCGGAGACGUUGAGCAGAGAAGCAGAGGAACAGCUUCUAGGGUUUGAUCCGAAUAAGGCGGCGCCUCUGGUGGCUUUGGCUAGCUACAUUGCUGGCAGACACAACUGAUCUUUCGCAAUAAUUGAUCACAUGCUCAAUGUAUCUAAUGUCCGAAGUCCAAACAAGUUUGUUUUGUUUACAUUCUGGUCUUUUUUUAAUG